CCACAUGUCAAAAGUGCUGUCUCUUACUAUAAUACUGGAUAGACAGUAUAUCACGUGCCCCCUGCAACGUAGACACACUCUUUCCAUCUUCGGCAUCCCCAGCCCACCCUCGGUCACCAUGACCUCCCCAAGCGUCCCCGGCGCUCAACGAUGGCCCUCACCCACUCUGGGCCACUUUUUCUUGUUUCUGGUGAGCUGCCUCAUCUUCUUCGUCGGCUACAUUCCCCAACUUUACGUCUUUCCCUCCCUCGACCUCCCACGCUCCACCUACCUCCGUCUCAACAUUUCGAUCCUUCUCGUAUGGCUUACCUUCAUCCUAGCCGCAGCCUCAGAUCCAGGUACUGCCCCAAAAGACUGGAAACCCAACCCCAAAGAGGUGGAGGACGAGACUGCGGUACGAUACUGCAUGAAAUGCGAAGCUUUUAAACCACCACGGGCACAUCACUGUCGAACAUGCGGUGUCUGCGUGAUGCGUAUGGACCACCACUGUCCAUGGAUAAAUAACUGCGUCGGAUACCGGAACCAUGCACACUUUAUCCGGUUCCUCCUCUAUACUCUCUCCGCCACCAUCCAAGUUUUCGUGUUGUUAUUUAGGCGGGGAUGGGAAUUGUGGUAUGAGUUUUAUUACUCGGAUGUCGAUGCGACGGAGUUGGUGUUGCUCAUGUUGACGAUGUUGACGGCGCUGGUUCUGAUUAUCUGCCUCGCGAUCCUGGGGAUAUACCAACUCUGGUGCGUGAGCGAGGGGACAACGACAAUCGAAUCCUGGUCUCUCGAACGUCUACAAUCCCACGUUCGCCGUGGCCGCUUACGAGAAGAAGACGCAAUUUUCCCCUACGACCUCGGUUUCAUUGAAAACUUGAGGGAUAUUUUUGGGGGAGGGGUGGUGGGGGCGUGGUGGGUGUUUGGGAGGAAUGGGAGGGGGACAGGGACGAGGUGGGAGGUUAAUGAGUUUGCGGUGCCGGGACGGGGAUGGCCGCCUCCGGAUCCGGAUAUCGUACGUGCAAACCCACACCUUUCGCCGAAGCCAUGGACGCAUGGUGUGCCGCCCACCGAAGAUCUCGACGCCUUCCGGGAACGCCAGCGGGAAUCCCAGAAUUUCUACUCCGAUUACCCACACGAAGAUGAGAGUUGGGAUGAGGAAGGAAGUGAAGGAAGUAGGGAUCCGGGAGAUGGGUGGGUGAAUGAUGAAGGGGAGACGCUGGAGGAUUAUGGGAUUGAUGUUGGGUCGGAAAUCGUUGGGUUUGGGGCGAAGGAUGAGAGGGGGGUGGAGUUGAGGAAGAGGGUGAAUGGAAUUUGAAAGAAUCGAGAAAGAAGCAUGAACACUUUGCCCUGGGAGAUACCCCGGUGAGCAAGAACCAGCAUAUGCAUUUUAGGAGUUAUUUGACCAAGGCAACAUCAAGUUGCCGAAUACCAUGCAUCGUU